UAUUAUCGUACUUAAGAUAAUCAUGUGGACAGGAGUCAGAAGGACAAGAGAAUAUAAUUUUAUCGUGAUCGAGGAGGUUAUGCAGCAGAAGGUGCCAAAGGUGCCUAGUAACAUCAAAGUCCAGCAACCGCAAAGUUCUUCAUUCAUCCGUAAAGGCAUAGCGGCAAAUUUUUUUAAGACAACCUUCAGCUCUCGAAGCAAGGCGGUUCCAACCGCCACUUCCUUCUCGGUUCAAGAAACAAACAAAAUAGGUAGUGCGGAGACUAAGCCUGUUACAAGAAAUAGACCAAGAACCGUACCUCAAACUGAAACAAAGAUCAGAAGACGGAAUAGUGAAAGAAAUCUAAGCCUUCGAAUUGAUAAAAACUUGGAAUCUCCCAGACCUUUGAGCAACACGCCUACUUCGCCAGACUAUGGGGGUAGUAGAACGGUUAAAAACGACCUCAGCUCCAAUGUUUUGAAGAUAUUAAAAAAAGCACCCGCACCGCCAAAACCGGCGCCAAAAACUCCAGAUUCCUUACUGCCGCCAUCUUUGAAGCCGAAAGUUCCAGAGAAAGUUAAAUUAAAACGUGAAAAAUAUGUAAACAACAAUACUGUUUGGACAAACGCGAAUUUAAAGAGUGAGAAAAAAAUACCAUCAAUUAAUAUUCGAGGACCAAGUCAGGGAAAGCAGGAGGCGACCUUGAAAGGCGCUCCGUCGGUGUCCAGCCUCGACUCGAAGCACCACAAAGUAGCCCCGGCUAGAGAAAAAACACAUAAGAUAUUCGGAUCCAAAGAGAAAUUACACAAAGCGCAUAAAAAGAAGGAUUUAGGGAAUAACAAUGCUGUAUUAGAGGAUCCUGAAUUGAGGGAGGGCUUAGAGUUCGAAGAUGGGCAGGAUAGGGAUCAUGAUUACGGCAGCGCGGAGGAGCUGGGGGUGGGUUCCGUAGAUGAACGGGGCUCCCAAGAGUGUAUCAGCCUGCCGGUGACGCUGAACGCCGACCACAUGCCGGGCUUCCAAGAGGUCGAGCUCAGGCCGAGAGUACCAUCUGAGGUAUCGCUCACAUCAGGAGUCCGUGAGUUAGAAUCGCUAAGGAGAGAGUUGGAAGCGAGCGCGAUGGAGCGGGCUCAACUACAAGCUCGCGUGGACGAGCUGCUGGAGCGAGCCAAUGAAGCGGAUAGAUUGCGGGCUGAACUUGAACGACUCAAGAACCACGAGUCGGAACGCGAAGCGGCGCUCGAGCGCCUUGCCGACGAGAACGGCGCGUUGCGAGCGCGGCUGCGCGGCGUGGCGCACUCGCCGCUGUCGGACAGCGAGAAGCGCCAGCUGCUGCUCGCGCCGGCGCCGCGCCGCAUGCACUCCUCCGCGCCCGCCUCCAUCGCGCUUGCGCACAAUGGCGAAGGAGACAGCGGCGAAGCGAGCACUCCGGAAUGGGACAAGCAUUCGUCGUCUUCUCUCAGCGAAGUCUCCGUCGCUUGUCUGCAGGAUCGCAUCCUGCAAAUGGAAGAACACCAUUACAGUACGAGUGAAGAACUUCAAGCAACCCUGGCCGAACUUGCCGAUUUACAAUCUCAGUUGGCCGACGCACACGCCGACAAUGAAAGGUUAGCCGACGAGAAGCAAGUUUUAUUGGAAUCUCUGUGUCGGCAAACUGAAAAAUUAGAAGAUAGUCGAACGAAGGUCGAUACGCUCCAAGAGCUGUUGAUGAGAGAAGGCGUGGAGCCCGAAACAGUUGUGUCAGGCGAUGUCGACCAACAGCUGUUCGCUGUUUUAAAGGUGUCUCAAGAAGAACGAAGACUUCUACUGAGCAAACAGGAACAGCUCGAAGCUGAUUUGAAUCAAACGAAAACGACGUUAGAAGAGAAAACCAAAGAAAAUGAAUCAUUGACUGAAAGAAUUCGAUCGCUCGAGCUGACCGCGGAGCGCGCGGAGGCCGAGCGCUGCCAGUGGGAGCAGGAGGCGGGCGCGGCGCGGGAGGCGGCCGUCGCGCGCCAGCAGCAGAUCACCACGCUCGGGGACCUGCUGGCGGCGGCGCAGGCGCAGCUGGCGGGCGCGGCGGAGGGCGCGGCGGCGGCGGAGGCGGCGGCCACGGCGGCGGCGCGGCGCGAGGCGGACGCGCGCGCGCACGCGCUGGCCGAGCGCCUCGCGCACGCGCAGCGCCAGCUCGACCGCGCGCACUCCGACGCGCGCAAGCUGCACGACGAUGCGCUCGUAUCGAGAAAUACCGCAAAAUCUACAAUAUCGGAGUUGGAGUUUCAGCUCGAACAGUUGCGUCAAGAGAAGUCGGCUCUUCAGGGAGAACUGCAGACCCUGCAGGAGAAUUCUUCCGAGUUGCAGAUACAAGUGCAGGUAGCGACGGACGAAAAACUAGCACUCAUGAGUCGCGCGGGAGAAGCGCUCGCACGCGCGGCCGACCUCGAGCGGCAGCUGCAGGACUCGCGCGCGCGACUGGCGCAGGUCACGCGCGACCGGGAGAGGGACGAGGCAGAAUGGAAACAAUUCCAGAGCGACUUGUUGAUGACUGUCCGCGUCGCAAAUGACUUUAAGACAGAAGCCCAAAGAGAACUAGAGAGACUCGUCUCAGAGAACAAGAUCGCGAGAGAUCGCAUCCGACUGCUCGAAGAUCAAAUGCACUCUCUUAAAGGUGUUGAGAGUCAAGAAUCUAUGGAUAGUACACAAAAUUAUUCUGACGGAAAGAGCUUGUCAAAAGAUUCUGAAAGCUUCGAUUCUAACAGUGAAUGUUCUUCGAUAGACGUUUUUAAAAAUAUAAGAUCGCGAUACUUAUCAAGAGUUCACAGCGUGAAUGAACUGCCUAAGGUUGAAAGUUUGGUAGAUCAAGCUUUCUUUAAAAAAAUAUCUCAGAGUGAUUCAGAGGAAUGUGCAUCUAACGAGCUUAAACUUGAAAUAGAUAACGUAACGACAGAUGAAACUAAUGAUGAUGACAGCUACAAAUCGAGUUUCGACAAUAGAGAUGAUUAUCAGAGUCAAGUUUUAGCUGAAGCAGUUCUAACUCCCAUUGCAACUAAAGGACUGAAGCGACAAGAUGCACUCGAUGUUUUCGCAAAGAAAAUAAAUCGUCAGGAUGCUUUAGACGAUUUCGCUGAUUCAACCAAUGACAACGAUAACUAUAAUUCUAGGUCUGAAUCGGAUAAUAUAAAAAAAAUAGGACGAAAUACUAUUUUUAACAAGAAUCUCUCAAAUUUAUUUAAUGGUAAACAAAAGUCUUACAGUACAGAUAAUCUUAGUACGAAUUCCGAGUUUAAAAAUGCUCUUACAGAAGCAACUAGCAUAGAAUUUUUCGAUAAUACUUACAGUCUUAGUAAAUCGUCUUUGUUAAGCGAUGGAUCAGACAGUGUUUUCUUUUCUCCGUUAGAGACAAAUAAUAAUGUUAUUCAUGCUAAUAAUAAUAAUAAAUAUAUAAACGAAACAGAAAGUGCGAAAGACAUUUCUUCCGAAACUAUCGAAGAAAAAGUAUUGAAUUUACCCGUGGUAAAGGCCGAAUCUAUUCUUCCAUUUCCUUAUCCAGAAGACAUAAGUUGUAAAAGAAAAUCUGACAUCGCUUAUGAUGUAUAUCGUCAGCCACCAGAAAGUGAUACAGGCUUAAAUAAAACAAUUGAAAACGAUUUUAAAAAAGUAAAUGAAGAAUUAAAAGUUAACUUUAAGGCAGCCUUGGACAGAAUAAGCGGCAACGAUAAUCUUACUACAACGUCAAAUUUUUUAACUAUGUCUGAUACAACUGCAGAUUCAAAUAUUCUAGAAAUAGAUAAUAAAUUAGAUAUUGUAAAUAAUUUUGUGCCAGUAAAACGUCUAUCUACUUUCAAAGGCGAAGAAAAUAUUGUUCAACAAAACGAUUCAAUCAACAAUGUAAAGGAAAAGUAUGUCAUCGAUUUCUUUGAAGAUAAAGUAACUGAAGAAUUUCAGAGUAAUGAAUCUUCACAAGUAACAAAUAAUGAUAAAGAUCCACAAUCUUCCUCUAGUUUAAAAAGUGAGAAGCUUUGUAAUGAUAAUGUUACACCAGAAAAAGAAGACACAAAUCUUAGAAGUACGAAAAGUGUAGAUUCUAUAGAGCUAAAUAACUUGAAUGAUCCGAAAACAACACAAGCACCACUCGACGAUAACGUCAGUUAUCAUUUAAAAAUAAAUACUGUCACUGAUUUCGACCCUCCAGACGUAUCUUACGCUGCCGAGACACGCGAUAAUAAACCGAAUGACGUUGACAAUAAUGUUAAAACUCUUCUAACUCCAAUAAAGCUAGUAAAUUCCAGCGUAGAUCGUUCACCGACGCCGAUAAUACUUAGUCCUGUUUUAAUUCAGCCAAUAUUUUUCCAACCUAACAAUGCACUUUUAGAAUUUAAUUUAACGAAUGAUACUAAAAAAGGAACAGUUUAUUAUGACGAUAUCGAUCAAGUGAUUACCAAAGAAAAUUCUACAAAAGAUUCUGAGAGUAAGCGGAGAGGGAUUUAUCAGAAAAAUACUAAAAUAAAACCACUUCCGUUUCUUACUUUGAAGAAAUUUGGAUCGAAUGAAAAUGUGAUGGAAUCCAAAUCGUCUUCACCGAACAAAAGUCCUACGAAAACAGUAGUCAGAUUAUCAAAAACACCAGGAUGGCUAAUGGAUAAUCAGUACUAUCAACCCAUGCAGAAUGUACCUUUUGUUAUAAACACAGCUCAGACAUUUGUCAAAGAAACAUUACCAAAACCAGAGCUUCCGACGAAACGAAUAAAUUCCAACCCAUUUACACCCUUUGAACGAUCAAAGCAAGUACAGGAACAAGAAAAUUAUUACGAAGAAAUCGGAGAGCCCAUAGCAUUAACUCAAACGAUUAACGUCGCAGACGACGAGAAGAUAUCAAACAAAACGUCGACAGCGGAAGAUUUUAAAAACGUAACUCGGGAGGAACUUCUUAAAGUACCGAGAAGACCAAAGAGGUCAAAGAAACAUGAAACAACAGUACCAAGUAAAUCUAAAUGUGAUAAAAGUGCAGAAAAAGGAAUCGAUACUAUGACCAAAUCCGUUAUAUCCUUAUCGCGAACUCCGAGUGCAAACGAGAAUGCUAAAAAAUCCGGAUCUGUUUCGGACAUCGUUCAAAAUUUGGUUAAAAAUCAGAACGAACCCGUGCCCCAAGUACCGUUAAGAAAGCUUUCCCUUCAGUCUCAGAAAUCACCUAAUACAGAAAUUGAUACGGGUUCGCUUCCCCGCUUACGAAAAACUUACCACUGGAAGACGUUGGAACACAAACGACUUUCACAUCCUAUAAGGUCAUUAAACGACACCUCGCCUUCAAGACCUCUACCUAUACCUCCUCGAACAGAAGAGACGCCGCCUCCUCCUCCGCUGCUGUCCAGCGCUUCCCUCCAAGACAUCAUGGCGACCGCCGCAUCGCAUAGACGGACUAAAGGUGUAAGUAGACAAGAUUCGCGUCUCUCGGUGAAGUCGCUCAUAGAGAGUAUAGAGAAUGCCGCGAAGGCGGCCAAACAGUCGCCAGCCACCACGCCGGUUACCGAGUGGCCACAGGUCCAAACAACAGUAACAAACACAUCGACCAACAUUAAGAACGGAAUGUCGGAACCGCCGCCCGCCACCAACGGCACGGCCAACUACUCCGCCAAGCCCCCCGCGCCCCGCAACAACCGGCCCUCCCCCAUCACCACAGAGACUGCGGCCAGCGGCGCCAACAUGACCAACAUGGCCAAUAUGAGCAGCAUGGCCAACAUCGCCAACAUGCCGGACGAGCAGCGCGCCCUGGCCACGCUCCAGCAGAAGGCCAUGGAGUCGUUCGUGAGGAGAAACAGCUACGGAGAUAUAUGUGAGAGGAAGGAUCCGCUGAACGCGCUUCAAGUGAAGAACGGCGGCUCGAAGCGCAACGCGCUGCUCAAGUGGUGCCAGCAGAAGACGACGGGUUACAACAACAUCGAUAUCACGAAUUUUAGCUCGUCGUGGAACGACGGGCUGGCGGUGUGCGCGCUGCUGCACUCGUACCUGGGCGAGGCGCGCGUGCCGUACGCGUCGCUGUCGCCGCACGACAAGCGCACCAACUUCUCCGUCGCCUUCGCCGCCGCCGAGUCCGUCGGCAUCCCCACCACGCUCAAUAUUCAAGAUAUGAUACAACAAGAGAGACCGGACUGGCAGCAGGUGAUGGCGUACGUAACGAGCAUUUACAAACAUUUCGAAACGUAGACUGUAUUUAUACCUCUAUAAGGAAUAAAUUCGAUUGAUCAUAGGAAUCAUUAAUCGUUAUUGGCACAAACAGAUCUUCGUACGUCUACUAUAUUCCUAUGGCAGAGGUAGUAAAGAUAUUAAAGCCUUAUAUUUAUAUAUGCCGUACGAUUUUCUUAUAGUUCAGCUAUACUAAUCACUACAACACUAUUCCACUUAAAUACUUUAAUCCACUUUAAUUAUACUUCAAAAGUUCCAAUAGCAACGUUGUCAACUAUCAAAACUGUUUAUUACAGCUAUUUUUCCAAAUUUAUAACAAAUUUCAAAGACCAUUUAGACCAGUAAUAUUUCAAGGUCAAAAUUGUUUAUUUUCCUUCUUAUCCUGCCGUUGGAAUAGACUAUAGUAUAAUUUAUUCUUCCAAAACGUUCUUAUAACUGCAAACUAAAAUAAAAAAUCUUAUGAUAAGAAUAAAUGUUUAGCAAACAUAAUAUUUGCGAAACGGAACGUUAAGGAUCUAGAAAGUUCGAUAUUCAAAGCCAAAAAAGGCAAUUUGAUAGGUUGUAAAGUAACAUUCCUGUAAGGAUAAUUUAGGAUUCUAAAUCAAUCGCAAUAGUUGAAACACUAAAUAUAAUUUAAGCAAAUAAAGAGAAUAAAAUGAGUUCUUUUACAAUUACAUCAAAUUCGUUUUAGCGGUAUGGCCGCGAGAGAAAGAGACAGACAGACAGAGUUACUUUCGCAUUUAUAACAUUAAUAUAGAUAAGUAACAUUGUAUAAUAUUCUAUGCAUUAAAAAAACCGGCCAAGUGCGAGUCGGACUCGCGCACGAAGGGUUCCGUACCAUUGACUAAUAGCUCCCCUUAAAUAUCUGUCCCCCUUAAAAAACUGUCUCGCUAUCGUGAUUCUUGAGAUACAGCCUGGUAACAAACAGACAGACGGACGGACAGACAGCGAAGUCUAAGUAAUAGGGUCCCGUUUGUACCCUUUGGGUACGGAACCCUAAAAUCAUAUUAUAUAUUUGGUGCUAUUUAAAUAUUGCGAUUGGUUUAUUACGUGUGAUAGUUUAAACCAUGUCCGCCAUUUUGUGAGAUUUUGCCUUCGAGCUGUGUGAGGAAUUGAUAGCCGUCUUUCCAUAUAAAAAGACUGAUAUGAUAGGUUAGUUGGGUCACGAUCUUUUUGCGUUACUCGAUAGGUUGACAAUCGCCAGGGGUUGGUAACAUUUCAUAUUAAACGUGAUACUUGUAAAUGUUUAUUCGCAUUUGUUCAUUUCAAUAUUUAUAAAAUUCAAACGGUUGUUGACUUCUGGCAUUUGUAAGGGUGUGUACACAUAAAUGUAUAAAAACAGAUCUCUAACGAGGUUGGCAUUAAGGAUUUGGUUAUAUGAUUUUAUAUCAUUGAUAUAGUUCUCUAUGUGUAUAAAAACCCGCAAUACGUAAAUAAAUAGAACUUAUAUACCCAUGAGAUGAACAUAUACGACACACAAAUGUGUAUACACCUUAAAAAUAAAGAAAAUUAGAGUAAGAUAGAGAUAAUGAAACGCCUUAGCAUAGAACGGCCUUGGUAUUGUAUGUGAGAGUAUAUUUUGUGGUACUGAGAAUAAGGUUUAUAAUUGUAUGACUUUUCUGAUCGUCUGUCCCCCCUUCUUACUAUUAAGGGGGAAAAUAAUAUGUAACACGUUUGUAUGCCACUAUAAAUUAUUAUAAAAUAGACUUGUAUUAUUGAAUAUUAAUCAGCCUUCGGUGUCUGUAUCCAGUUUUACGCCUUGUUAUAAUAACUAUAUAAACUCUAUCUAUAAUUAUCAAGAAAGUGAGAAGCUGCACCAAUUAUAAUGAAACUUUAUCGUCAUAGAAUUACUUAAAAAAAAACGUACUUUCAAAUUUAGCAUCAUUAUAUUGUAUAAUCUUACACAUUUACCCUUCAAUUAUUAUGGUUUAUCGAUAUAUAUAUAAAUAAUUUAUAACAGUUUUACUUAAAAUAUUUUUUAGGGUGUGAUUAGUUAAACGUUGCUUUCUUUCUCUUUCGAAUAUCAAAUAAGUGAUGAAAGAAAGAGAUGAAUAUAUGUUUAACUACACCCCCUCCUUCGUUGUGGUCGUUAAUAGAACAACCGAUAACGAAUCAUUUAUAAAGUCUUCUAAGAUUGUACAAGUUACAUAAGUAUUUGUAUAAUAAUAAUAAUUAGUAUCAGAAAGACAUAAAAUAUAUUAUUAAAAAAAAACUUACCGGUCUACACUAUUUUAACAGGUUGUACGAGAUUGUACAAACAUUAAUGUUUUUUCAGAAAAAUCUAUUAAGCAAAUAUAUACUGUAGCAAUUGUUUCGCUUUAGAACAAUUUUAAAUAACUAAAAUUAAAAAUACUUCAUAUGGUAACCCCUUCUGAUUAAAAUAAUGAAAUUUAACAUCGUAGUCGUUGUCUAUGGUCUUCUUUAUUUCACUGUGUAUUUAUUUUUCGAUAUGUUAUGAUUGGUGACAGUUUUUGUGAUACUGUUGGAGAUUGAGGUACGAUGAUAAUGACACACGCGGAUUUUUUAAUUUAUUCUAUUGUGAAUAAUAUUUGUCUCGUAACUAUAUAAAUGUAGUGUUUGUUUAUGUUCGAAAUUUUGUUAAUGACAAGAUCUCUAUAAGAGGGAAAGAGACAAAAUGCUUCUAAUUAUAUAAUAUAUGCAUCUUUGUCCCCCAAUAGUGCUAUCUCUGUCUCGAGACUGAUUUCACACAGUCUGCAUCGUUUAGUGACAUUUAUAGAUGAAGUAUUUUUCAAAUGAUGCUUUAUGUGUAACGAAAUAGAGAUCAUUUUUGCAUUUGAUUAAUGUAUUAGCUAUGAAUGUUCGUCGUGUAUAACGAAUAACCCUUGUUUCGCAUCGUGACUGCUGUUUGUUGAAGCUAUAUAAAUUAAUUAUAUAUUUUCAGAUACAUGUAUUAUUGUAAAUAUAGCUAAAAUAAAGUUCCUGGUUUAUUUUA